AUGUUAAGCAACACCAGAUAUAGCCACCUUCACAGGAGCUAUCUUACGAUCUUCCAAACUAUAAAUUCACCUGCCUGGUAUGCUUAUAACCAGACAACACAUCCAUUAAUAGAAGCCUCUGAGUGUGCCUUUUGGUACUGCAUUAAAGCCUACGAGAUAGCAGUACACAACGGGUUACAGCAUCAACAGACAGUAGCAACAUUGCAUCAAGCUCUUGAAAAUCACUCUACUCUAUCAGAACAUGAAAAUUUGGUUUUUGAGCCGGACCCAGCCGUGUUUAACAUCCACGAUUCAAAGUACUUCAGCCUAGCGGAGCGUGCAGGAAAGCCCAUAAGUACUUACCUUAAAAGAGCAUUCAACGGAAGCUUCAACAGCAGUAGCGCCAGUACAGCUACCAAUUAUGUACUUUACUCAUCUGAUAUAAUGUCUGCUUUACGAGAACAAACCAACAUCUCGAAAGUGGUAUCUAAUGUAGCACUAAGCAUGACCAACCAUAUCAGGACAGCUUCCCCCAUAAGCAGCUUAAACGACAGCAAGAACAAUGAUGGUCAACCGUCUUUUAAGCCUAUUUACGGAGCACCUAAUACGCCGGACAAUCACCGGUACAAUGGGAAAGCAUACUCAUCAGAACCUUUCUACGUCGUCCGUUGGAAGUGGCUCAUACUGCCAAUCUCGCUUGUUCUUCUCACACCCAUCUGCCUCCUGGCAGCAACAUGGUCAAGCUGGACACACAAAGUGCCUGUCAGGGGCAACUCUCCAUUGGCAGUGAUGCAGUGCGUCAUUCCCGAAGACUUGAAAGAGGAACUAGCGGCUGCUAGAACUCGGAGUACGAUGCAUAAGAGGGCAAAGAGAAGCGAGGUCCGAUUGGUGGAGUGCGAGAAUGGUAUGUGGGCUUUUGAACGGUCGAGCGUGGACAAGGAGUAAAUUGUCUUGAGAGGCGCGGAGAAGGAGAGAACGGCCUUGAGGGGAAGGGACUUUGCAAUGGUUUUUGGAUUAUGUUUUGACGUCUCUCAGAAUGUCUAGUGUGCGUCGCACCGUCUUAAGUCAUUAGUCUUAAAAGAUCGCUACAGAAAUUGUUGCAAUUCAUCUCAAAGAACCGAAAUAAAAAUAAACAC